AUGGCUGUUUUUCGUGUUGCUUUUGCUGUUCUUGGUCUAUCUGGCGCUGCUUUCGGGGCACCCUUGCUCCCGAGGAAGAACACUGCUCCUGUGACGCCUCUCUCAACCGCACAGAUCUCUGCAAUCACGCCUUUUGCUUGGAUGACAAAUGCCGCCUACUGCUCUUACUCUGCGGUUAUGUCCUGGUCUUGCGGUUCCGCCUGCCAGGCUCUUCCCGGCAUGGAAGUUAUUCUGACGGGCGGUGAUAAUGGGGCGACCCCGGAUUAUUACGUUGCCUUCUAUCCCGCCGAGUCGGCUAUUGUAGUCGCGCAUCAAGGAACCACCACUGAUAAUAUCUUGUCACUGCUUGACGAUGCUGAGGCCAUCCUUGUCGGCUUGGACCAGAGCUACUUCCCUGGCACCUCUGGCAUGGAAGUGCACGAUGGUUUCCAGCAGACCUUCGAACGUUCGGCCUCUGCGAUUCUCGGCGCAGUUCAAUCCGGUAUUUCUACGUAUGGAGCUUCUCAACUCUUUGUGUUGGGACAUAGCCUGGGGGCCGCUGUCGGUCUCUUGGAUGGCUUGUAUCUGCAUAACCAUGUCAACUUGCCCAUCACGGUGCGGUUCUUUGGCUUGGCGCGUGUAGGAAAUCAAGCCUUCGCCAACUACGUCGAUUCAGAGCUUGCCGGGUUGUAUCACAUUGUUAACGACAAUGAUGUCGUGCCUCGCCUUCCGUCCACUGACUUUGGCUACGAGCAGCCGUCGGGAGAGAUCUUUAUCACCAAGGUAGGUGGUUCCAUAUACGACUCAUGUCCUGGCCAGGAAAAUUAUAACUGUGCCAUCGGCAUAUUCUUCCUUGAUGACAGUACUAGUCCUCAUGAUGGUCCCUAUGCUGGCGUCAUGUAA